AUGGUUAAUCUGUUACAGAUUAUACUUUGUCAGGAACUCGAAUUAUGGUUAAAUGAACCGAGAUUUGAAGUCAACUGGCUGAGGCAGCAGAUUGUUCCUUGUCAUGAUCGAGAGCCCUCAUAUUUGAGUACUGAUACAUCAGGAAUAAACGCAAUGUUGAACCAUGAGGACGUCAGUGAAUAUUUAAAAAUCGGAACAAAUGGACUGGAGGCUCGUUGCGAUGCAUCAUCUUUUGAAUCUGUUCGAUGUACUUUUGAAGCAGUUGAUGGUGUCUGGUUUUAUGAAGCCCUCAUAUUAACCGCAGGUGUUAUGCAAAUUGGUUUUGCCACUAAACAGAGCCGAUUUUGCAACCAUGAAGGUUACGGAAUUGGUGAUGAUGAAUAUUCUUUGGCCUAUGAUGGAUGCAGACAGUUGUUGUGGCACAACGCUCAAUUUGAAAAGCAUGAGCAUAAACCGUGGAAUGCAGGUGAUUACCUUGGAUGUUUACUUGAUAUUCCUGGUUGUUUUGUGCAGUUUUAUUUGAACGGUCAGCCACUUCAAAACCCUCAUCGCAAAUUUAUGGAACGAAGGAUGACUAAUUUUGAUAGUGGGAUUUUUGCUGCAGCGUCUUUUAUGAGCUUUCAGCAAUGUCGAUUUAAUUUUGGUCAUCAUCCGUUCAGGUAUCCACCGCUUAAUAUCGAAUUUAAGACUUUUAAUGAAUAUGGAGUUUUAACAGAAGAGCAGAAAACCAUUCUUCCAAGACGCGCUAAAAUGGAGCUUAUUUCAAAUAUGAUCAUAUCAGAUGAAAACUGCCAUAUAUGCUACACGGAUUCAAUGGAUACUGUACUUGAACCAUGUGGACAUGGUGCUAUUUGCUUUCACUGUUCGAACCAGAUUCGGCAAUGCCCUCUUUGUCGGGUAGAUAUUUCGGGACGUGUCAGAAUAGCGAAGAAACAAUCAGUGAUAUCUCUGGAACGCUCUUUUACUUAUUUGAUGGGUAUGAAUAGUAAUGAACCCAUUAGUACAAUGGAACAUACGAUUGAUGAAACAAAUUUUUUGGCUGCCAUUUCUCAUUAUCGAAUAGUCAUUUCGACGAAAUAUGGAGAAAUUACUAUAGCAAUUUUUAUUACGCAGAUAUUUUCAUGGGAGAUAACUGGACCUGAGGAAGCAGCAAGAAAUUGUAACGAGAUAUGA